ACGCAGCGUAGCAGUAAACUCGAAGAUGCAGUCUCAGCCAUUGGAUCCUCGUGCUCGGACUCCGUUACUUGACGGCGUGAGGAGAGACUCUGACCCUCCGGCGACUUCCCCGCCGCCGCCACCGCCGCGCCCGCUUGCCUUCUCCGCGGCCGGCAUCGAACGCCUCCAGCUGCUCCUCUCCAUUCAUUCCUCGCCACCUCCAGAGUCCGCGCAGCUCGUUGCGCCGCGGUGAGGCCACCACUGGCCGUCGCCGCGCGAGCCUCGCCUAGGGUUCCUCCGUUCGGAACUUCGGAUGCGCAGUCGCAGCUCGUCGGAUUCGCUCUCGCCCGCGGCCUCCUCCGCCUUCAGAAACCUCGGAGUCUCAAAUCCCAGCAGCAACCCUCGCGUCGGGGGCGUGGAACUAGUGUAAGUAGCUGCGCCUUGUAUGAGGUAAGUCCUGCAGUUAGGUUCCCAAUUUUCCAUGCUAAAUUGGAUGAAAUGCAGUUAUCUACUCGGAAUUACAUUGUUCCAUGCUGCGUUGCCACAUUCAAAUUCAGUUAUGAAGCAUGUUGGUGCAUCACGAAAUUGCAAUUCUGAAUCAGUUUGCUCUAUGAAGAAAUGUGUAAUCACUUUGAGUGGUUCAGGUUUGUGUAUCUGGUCUUGGGUCGAUGCUACCAAAUCUCACAACUUCAGCGGCUCAAUGGCUUUGUUUGCCUUGGUGUCGUCCCUUGGCUUGUUCAUCCUGUUUGUUUGAUGUGUGCUCGGCAUGUUACAGUCACGGUAUGAGGCACGACUAGUCUUACAACAUCCUUGUGUCGCUGUCUGAAAUAAUUCACCUUUCCUCUUCCAGUUUUAAUUUUGCUAUUACUGCAAUUCUACUAGUCACAAUCCAUUACUCGGCCUGCACACGUUUUCUUCGACAGGUAUUUGUUUCAUUCUUCUACUUCUCUUUACCCUUGCAACACGUUCAGGGCCAGACAGCCCACCAUUGUUUGUUAAGUCAAGUCAAUAGUCUAGCAUAACUCCAGGCCCAUUCAUUCCGGCAGACAAAUCCUUUAAAUGGCAUCUACAUUUUACACACAAGAUCGCCCAAGCUCCAACCUAAAGUUCUCCCAACUUCCUGGUUCUUCCACAUCCUGUAAGCUCUGAACAUCAUGCCCUCAUUUUUGUCUCUACUCUGUAUUUUUCUCAUCCUUUUCUCCUUCAACACUACAACACUCGAAGCAGCGCAAGAAAACAAGUCCGAGAUUGAUCGCCAAGCCCUCCUUUGCUUCAAGUCCGGCACCAACUCUUAUCCCCUUGACAUCCUAAAUUCAUGGAGUGAUGACUCACUUAACUUUUGCUGCUGGAAUGGGGUCAUUUGCGGCACAAAGUUUCCACCCCGUGUGGUCUCACUUAACCUCACCUCCGCUCGUCUCAGUGGGCAAAUAUCUGGAUGUGUAGGCAACUUGACUUUUCUAUCUUCGAUGAACCUUGCUGAUAAUGAUCUAUCGGGAACCAUCCCUGGAGAGUUGGGUAAGCUUCCAAACCUCCAUACACUGCAUCUUUCCAACAACAACCUUGAAGGUAACAUCCCUGGUUCCUUAGGCACUAGCAAUUCUCUUAGCUAUGCCAAUCUUGGAAACAACACUCUUACAGGCGGUAUCCCUCUCUCAUUGACCAAUUGCUCCUCACUCAACACACUUAUACUGUCACGUAAUAACCUCUCUGGAGAGAUCCCUUCUACUUUGUUUGAUAACUUAUCUAAGCUUACUAAGGUUGAUCUCCAGAAGAAUUCUUUCACUGGUCUCAUCCCACGUUUCCAUAAGGUCACAGCACUCAAAUUUCUUUGCCUGACAGGGAACUUCCUCUCUGGAAGCAUACCUCCUUCGAUAGGAAAUGUUUCUUCCCUCACUUCUAUAUUGCUCGGCCAAAAUAAGCUAUCAGGAUUAAUUCCAGAAGCUAUAGGUCACACUACAAAACUGCUUGAGCUUGACCUAAGUUUCAACAGUUUAUCAGGUAAUGUCCCGGUUUCCCUUUAUAACAUGUCAUCACUCAAAAACUUUAGUGUUGGCAGCAAUGGCCUUGUUGGACAGUUACCAUCUUACAUUGGUCACUCACUACCGAACCUCCAGUCCCUAAUUAUGGGAAGCAACAGGCUGGAGGGCCUGAUCCCUACUUCACUAGCCAACAUGUCAAAUCUUCAAAUGCUUGAUCUUUCAAACAACUCCUUGCAUGGCUCUGUUCCAUCUCUCGGUUCUUUGGCAAACUUGCGUCGGUUAGUUUUGGGGAGUAACUUGCUAGAAGCACAUGACUGGUCAUUUCUUACAUCUCUAGCAAAUUGCUCCCAGCUGACAAAGUUUUCCUUGGAAGGGAAUGCUCUGAAUGGCAGCUUACCUGUAGCAGUUGUUAAUCUUUCCACAAGGCUACAAGAUUUGUCGCUUGGGUCAAACCAAAUUUCAGGCUCCAUACCUGUUGAAAUUAGCAAUCUUGUUAAUCUCACUUCACUUAGGAUGGAAAACAAUUUUCUUUCUGGAAGCAUACCUUCUACCAUUGGUAAGCUGCAAAACCUAUAUAUCCUAAAUCUAUCAAAGAACAAAUUAUCAGGUCAGAUCCCUCCUUCAGUUGGUGACAUUACUCAACUGGGCAAGCUUUAUCUUAGUGAUAACAAGUUGACUGGUAACAUACCUGGUAGUUUAGGUCAGUGCAAGGGACUUCUUGAACUAAAUUUGUCUCGAAACAACCUAGAUGGGUCAAUACCAGUCGAACUCUUUGCUAACCCUCCAUUCUCCCUCGGUCUGGACUUCUCACACAACAAUCUCACUGGGGAACUGCCACUGGAACUUGGUACAGUUGGUACUGGUGCUGGUCCAACAUCCCUUCACAUGGAAGGAAACAAGUUAUAUGGACAAAUUCCAGCAAGAUGGCAGUUAGUAUCAACCGUGCAGAUUAAUCUUUCUCACAAUGACUUAUCCGGUGCCGUGCCUGAAUUCUUUGAGCACCUUCAUAUGCUGGAGCAACUUGAUCUAUCUUAUAACAACUUGGAAGGAGCUGUUCCUACAAGUGGGAUCUUUGAGUAUUCUACCGCAGUACUUUUGGAUGAUAACAAGGGACUCUGUUCGAAUUCCUCCAGGAUGGCAUUACCAAUUUGUCCUGGCAUCUCAGCUUCAGCAAAUAAAACAAAGCAUCAUAUGUCCUCGCUGGCAACCUUGCUGCUAAUUGUAAUACCACCACUUACUAUUGCUUUCCUAGUCUUGCUAUGGUUUCUACCCACUCUUUGGAAGAGAGCGGUAUUCUCAUUUUUACAAUUGGCUGUUGUGUCCAAGAAGAUGUUUUGUUUUUUUGCCCAUCAGAAGAGAAGAGAAAUGCAUACAGUUCCAUUCAACGAUGAGAAGAAGCUGAAGAGGGUGUCAUAUCAGGACAUUCUUAAAGCUACCAACUGGUUUUCUUCGCUUCAUACUAUCAGCUCAACCUGUACUGGAUCAAUUUAUUUUGGUAGGUUCAAGUCCGACAGGAGAUUGGUUGCCAUCAAAGUAUUCAACUUGAGUGAACCUGGCGGGUGUGAUAGUUACUUUAUUGAGUGUGAAGUGCUACGAAACACCCGCCAUAGAAAUAUAAUGUGUCCUGUGACCGUAUGCUCGACACUUGAUUCACAAAAUCAUGAGUUCAAAGCGCUGAUAUUCAAGUUCAUGGUUAAUGGCAGCCUUGACAGAUGGUUACACUCUGAGCAACACAAUGGAAUCCCAGGCAGAGUGCUAAACUUUGGCAAGAGGAUAUGCAUAGCGGCAGAUGUGGCUUCUGCUCUUGAUUAUGUCCAUAACCAACUAACGCCUCCUUUGAUCCAUUGUGAUUUGAAGCCAGAGAACAUCCUUUUGGACGAUGAUAUGACCGCGCGGCUCAGUGAUUUUGGCUCAGCAAAGUUUUUGUCGCCGGAUAUGUUUAUUCCUGAAAGCCUGGAUGAUGCUGGAGGAACAGUUGGGUACAUGGCACCCGAGUAUGGGAUGGGUUACGAGAUCUCCGUAGGAGCUGAUGCAUAUAGUUUUGGAGUGCUUCUGCUGGAGUUGCUUACCGGAAAACGACCAACCGAUGAUAUGUUCGUCGAUGGGCUUACCCUUCCCAUUUUCUCCGAAUCCAUGUUCCCUGAGAGUGUCGCGGAGAUUCUAGAUCCUCGUAUGGGACACGAGGAGCAUCAAGGGUGUGCAGAAGUAUGGACGCAGAGAUAUAUUGUCCCGUUGGUUGCCCUUGGACUGUCGUGUACCGUGAAAGCUCCGAAGGACAGGCCUGGAAUGAAAGAUGUUUGUGCAAAACUUACUGCUAUCAGAGACGCUUUUCUGGAAUGCUGUGAUGACAUUGACGAAUAUUUUAGCUCUGUUAGAGCAUGCUGAUUCGUUAUCGUUAAGAAUGUAGUAACAUGUUCAUUGUACCUUAUCAAUAUGACGAACUGGAUGAAACCCUGCUGGCUAUGGAUUUCUCAAAUAUCACUUUUGUUCAAUGCUGUAGGGAAGCUAAUCUUAUUGCGGAUUGUUUGGCAAAACACUGCUUUAGAUCUAGUGUGCCUGAAUUCUGGGAUUCUAUUGCUCCUGACUUUAUUCUUCCACAAAUUGUAAACGAUAUGGCUAUUGUUUGAAGAAUAAAUUUAUCUUAUGUUUCAAAAAAACUGAAUGAAAAUAUGAGUGAUCAAUAGUUCGCUACAGAAAGUACUAUCCUUUGUUGAAUUAUUUUUAUUUUGAGGUGU